AUGGCUCCUCUGACACGCGGCCACUAUUCUGUCAAGAUAACCGUGAAGGAAAUGGACGUUGAGUACGCGAUGGACGUCGAGUCGUACGACGAUGGCGUGUAUAGAUGUGGAGAAAUGCUCCUUCGUGAACCUGACCUCACCGGCGAGACACGCAUCGAUAUCUCAGUGUGGUCUGUGAUAGAAUACUUAAACUACUCACAUGAACAUCGUAUAGCAAUGGGAUCAAUUUUAUGCGACAAUUUGCUAAACGCGAUCACUCCUUUCGAAGUUCCACUGAAGGAAGUACAGCACUCCAAAAUGUCCGGAAGUUUGACCAAACCAUUGUCCAUGCUGGUUUGCCCACAUCCCCCACAAUCAUCGCCCACAGCUUUGCAGAUCUCGUUACCUGUUCCACUUUGGUCAAGUCCGAUGCGUGAGAUGGCCUCGCACACGCCGGCUGAGCUGCAUUUUAUUCAACAUCAGGGUGCGACACACCGCAUACGUGAAGAAUUUGCGCAGAGCACGAAUGUAAAUGAAUAUUCCGACUUGAACCAAUUGAGAAGGAGACUCGUGCAGACUGAAGAUCAUGCUGAAGCAUGGCCGCUCACGAUUGCACGCGUAGAGUCUGAUAGUGAAAGCGAUACGUCAGAAUUCCAUCGGAGCAACUACUUUAUUGAUGACGAGGAAGACGGCGAGGACGACAACGACGGCCCCCCGAAGGGGGUGUUUGCAAUUAGUCCACCUGAAUCACCUGCCUGUCUAACUAUCAACGCUAUUUAUACUUCCCCUACCAUAGCGAUCGAGCGCACGCGUGGUCAGGCCGAGAGUGCUCGGGCACUGUUGGGAAAAUGGGUCGAGUCAUUCAGUCCGCUGCGGGAAUUGCGCGAAGCCACACAACUAGAUGACUAUCAGGCGGUCCUAUCGCGGCUUCUGCAGGAGUGGUCUGUCACAGGAGGUUCGCUCGUGGCUCUGUUAGCGAUCAAUGCGGCUGUAUUCGGGUAUGCUAGCAUCGGCGUGCUCUUUGCUGUGGAUGGUGUCGCGCGCCAUCUCGUCGCGUUCGGAGCGAUCGUCGCAGGUUUGGGACUCAUGUCCGACGCCGUGCUCUACUUUCAAUACAGCAGUGCGACUCCAGAACAAUUCAAGGCGAGUUACCUUGGUUUGCUGUCGACCUUGCGAUGCUGA